AUGAAAAUACGUAAAGAAGUCAAAUAUGCUUGCCUAACGUGUAACGUAGCUCUUUGCCCGACCGAGUGCUCUGUCAUUUACCACAAAUAUUUACACGGCGACGGAUCACAUGAAAACGAUUUCGAUAUGAAUGCUGGCCCUUCAAAUCCGGAUGAUGCGACUGAGCAAGUUCCACAAGGUAAGCUGACAUUUUGGUCAAAAUAA